GGAGAGAUUUCCAAAGGUUGUAUUUUCCUUCUGGUUGGAUCCUCUCAUCCACUUUGUGGUUGCUUUCAGCUAUGUAAUGUUUUUCGAUCCCAUGAAAUGGAAAUUGACCAGUGCUUGCUGGAGUCCCUUCCCCUCGGCCAAAGGCAGCGACUGGUGAAGCGCAUGCGCUGUGAACAAAUCAAAGCCUACUAUGAACGAGAGAAGGCUUUUCAAAAGCAGGAAGGACUCCUGAAAAAGCUGAAGCAUGGAAAGAAUCAAAAAGUUCAUUUUAACCUUGGUGACAUGCUCCAGGAUGCAAUUAUCCAUCAUAACGACAAAGAAGUUCUUCGACUGCUGAAGGAGGGGGCUGAUCCUCACACUCCUCUUUCCUCAGGAGGAUCCCUACUCCAUCUGUGUGCUCGGUAUGAUAAUGCCUUCAUUACAGAGGUCCUAAUAGACAGAGGGGUGAAUGUGAAUCAGCAGGAUGAAGAUUUUUGGACACCAAUGCACAUUGCCUGUGCCUGUGAUAACCCUGAUAUUGUUCUGCUGCUUAUCUUAGCUGGAGCCAAUGUACUUCUUCAAGAUGUUAAUGGAAAUAUUCCAUUAGAUUAUGCUGUAGAAGGCACGGAAUCAAGCUCUAUCCUAUUGACCUAUCUGGAUGAAAAUGGAGUGGAUAUGACAGCUCUACGCCAGAUGAAGCUUCAGAGGCCAAUGAGUAUGUUAACAGAUGUCAAACACUUCUUAUCAUCUGGAGGAAAUGUUAACGAGAAAAAUGAUGAAGGAGUAACACUGUUACAUAUGGCAUGUGCAAGUGGCUACAAGGAGGUGGUGUCUCUUAUUCUGGAACAUGGUGGUGACCUCAAUAUAGUAGAUAACCAGUACUGGACUCCUCUUCAUUUAGCUGCAAAAUAUGGUCAGACAAAUUUGGUGAAACUUCUUUUGAUGCAUCAAGCAAACCCAAACCUUCUGAACUGCAAUGAGGAGAAGCCUUCAGAUAUUGCAGCGUCUGAGUCUAUUGAGGAAAUGCUCUUGAAAGCUGAAAUUGCCUGGGAAGAGAGAAUGAAAGAGCCUUUAUCUGCUUCUGCCUUAACACAGGAGGAGCCAUAUGAAGAGAUCAUUCAUGAUCUUCCAACACUCUCCAGCAAACUCAGCCCCCUGGUGUUACCGAUUGCCAAGCAAGACAGUUUGCUGGAAAAAGACAUUAUGUUCAAAGAUGCAACAAAAGGUCUGUGUAAGCAGCAGUCUCAGGACAAUGUCCCUGAAAACACCGUGAUGAAUGCGUCUGCCAAGCCUGAACAGGUCAAGUUAAUGCCUCCUGCUCCAAACGAUGACCUUGCAACACUCAGUGAGCUCAAUGACAGCAGCCUGCUUUAUGAAAUUCAGAAGCGCUUUGGAAACAAUCAGAUAUACACUUUUAUUGGGGACAUCCUUUUGCUUGUCAACCCAUUCAAGGAGCUUCCAAUUUAUUCUACCAUGGUGUCCCAGCUUUACUUUAGCAGCACAGGGAGACUGUGCUCCUCUCUGCCCCCUCACAUAUUCUCCUGUGCUGAGAGAGCCUUCCACCAGCUUUUCCAGGAGCAGCGACCUCAGUGCUUCAUCCUCAGUGGUGAGAGAGGAUCUGGAAAAUCUGAAGCCAGCAAACAAAUACUGAGACACCUCACCUGUAGAUCUGGGUCCAGCAUGGCUCUGCUGGAUUCCAAAUUUAAACAUAUCAUGUGCAUUUUAGAAGCCUUUGGACAUGCCAAGACAACUGUCAAUGAUAUAUCCAGUUGCUUCAUAAAGUAUUUUGAACUGCAAUUCUGUGAGAGGCAGAAAUAUUUAACUGGAGCCAGAAUUUAUACGUAUUUGCUAGAGAAAUCCCGGCUUGUUUCACAACCUCUGGGCCAAAGUAAUUUUCUCAUCUUUUACUUGCUGAUGGAUGGAUUAUCUGCUGAGGAAAAAUAUGGACUUCAUCUCAGUAAUUUAUCUACACACCGGUAUUUGGACCAGACCAUCCAGGAAGAUAUAUCAACAGCAGAGCAUUCUCUGAACAGAGAGAAAUUAGCAAUUUUGAAACAGGCCCUGACUGUAGUUGGCUUCAGUAAUUUGGAGGUGGAGAAUCUGUUUGUCAUUCUAGCAGCAAUACUUCACAUUGGAGACAUUCGGUUCACCUCUCUGACGGACGCUGACUCAGCAUUUGUGUCUGACCUCCAGCUUCUGGAACAAGUUGCUGAAAUGUUACAAGUAUCAACAGAUGACUUGGCAUCUGCCUUGACAACUGAUGUUCAGUAUUUUAAAGGAGACACGCUCAUACGACGAUAUUCUACAGAUAUUGCUGAGUUUUACCGGGAUCUUUUGGCCAAGUCCCUGUAUGGCCGCCUCUUUAGCUUUCUGGUGAAUGCCAUGAACUGUUGCCUCCACAGUCAAGAUGAGCACAGCAGCAUGCAGACAUUGGAUAUCGGAAUAUUGGACAUCUUUGGUUUUGAAGAAUUUCAAAAGAAUGAAUUUGAACAACUUUGUGUCAACAUGACCAAUGAAAAGAUACACCACUAUAUCAAUGAAGUGCUUUUUCUACAAGAACAAACAGAAUGUGUACAAGAAGGAGUUACCAUGGAAACAGCAUAUUCUCCUGGUAAUCAGACUGGAGUUUUGGACUUUUUUUUCCAGAAGCCAUCUGGUUUUCUCUCUUUAUUGGAUGAAGAAUGUGAGAUGCUUUGGUCAAUGGAAACAAGCUUUCCAAAAAAGCUACAGAGUCUCCUGGAAUCCUCAAACACAAAUGCAGUGUACUCCCCCAGUAAAGAUGGAAAUGGAAAUGUUGCCCUCAAAGAUCAAGGCAUGGCAUUCACUAUUAUGCACUAUGCAGGAAGGGUAAUGUAUGAAAAUGUUGGAGCAAUUGAAAAAAAUAAAGACACUCUUUCGCAGAAUCUUCUGUUUGUUAUGAAAACUAGUGAAAAUGUCGUGAUCAAUCAUUUGUUCCAGUCGAAGCUGUCACAAACAGGAUCCCUCAUAUCUUCUUAUCCAUCCUUUAAAUUUCGAGGAUACAAAUCCGCUCUUCUUAAUAAGAAAAUGACAUCUUCUUCAAUUAUUGGUGAAAACAAAAAUUAUCUGGAGCUCAAUAAGUUAUUAAAAAAGAAAGGAACGUCCACAUUCCUUCAGAAACUGGAACGAGGUGGUCCGGUCUCCAUAGCAUCCCAACUCAGGAACUCUCUAAAGGAUAUUAUUGGGAAACUUCAAAAGUGCACUCCACACUUUAUUCAUUGCAUCAAGCCCAAUAACUCAAAACUGCCAGAUACGUUUGAUAAUUUCUAUGUGUCUGCUCAACUACAAUACAUUGGGGUACUAGAGAUGGUGAAGAUCAUUCGGUACGGAUAUCCUGUCCGCCUUUCUUUCAUGGAUUUCCUGGCAAGGUUUAAGCCAUUGACUGACACAUUCCUGGGUGAGAAGAAACUGUCUGCUGAGGAGAAAUGUCGGCUUGUUCUCCAGCAGUGUAAAUUACAAGGCUGGCAGAUGGGAGUUCGCAAAGUGUUCUUAAAAUACUGGCAAGCUGAUCAACUCAAUGAUUUGUGCCUACAGCUACAGAGAAAAAUUAUAACCUGCCAAAAAGUUAUCAGAGGAUUUUUAGCACGCCAGCGCUUGCUUCAGAAAAUGAGCAUCAAACAGCAAGAGGUCACAUCCAUCAAUAGCUUUCUACAGAAUACAGAGGACAUGGGGCUGAAAACCUAUGAUGCCCUGGUCAUUCAAAAUGCCUCAGACAUUGCCCGGGAGAAUGACCGGCUCCGGAAUGAAAUUAAUGCCACUUCCCAUAAAGAAAAGUUAGAGGCCAGGAACAAACAAGAGGAAGGAAUCAAAAGAGCCGAGGACAAAUGUGGACCCAGACAUUUUCAUUCCAACUCUGUCCCAGUCCCGAUAGCGGUGGAGAGCCUGGCACAGUCCCUGUCUGGAUCGUCUAUCAGGUCUCCUUCUCUGCACUCAGUGUUCAGCAUGGAUGACAGCAGUGGCCUACCAUCACCACGGAAACAGCCUCCGCCCAAGCCAAAGAGAGACCCCAACACCAGGCUGAGUGCCUCUUAUGAGGCUGUGAGUGCCUGCUUGUCUGCAGCCACUAAGGAAACAGCUAAUGAAGUUUUGACUCGACCAAGGCCCCACAGUGAUGACUACAGCACAAUGAAGAAGAUCCCACCCAGAAAGCCCAAACGAAGCCCCCACACAAAGCUCAGUGGCUCCUAUGAAGAGAUAUCAGCCCCCAAACCGGGAGAAGCUAAGCUUCCACAGUCCUCAUGUAAGAUUGGGUUCCACCAAGACCCGAUGGUCAUGCACAGGGCUGCUUCCACGGAUGGACCUCACCAAUGCUCUGUAGGUCUGACCAUGUCCCAGGAGGAGGAGGAUGAAACAGAGCCAGUGUAUAUCGAGAUGGUGGGAAACACCAUCAAGACUGGUUGCACUGAGGCUGACAGCCCAGACCAAGGGGAGUCGGUAUAUGAGGAGAUGAAGUACUUUCUGCCAGAGGAAACCAGCACCAGCUUGGGCAUGGUGUCCUUCAUGGCAACAUCAUCUCCGCCUCUGUUUUUUGAGAACCGAAAACCUGUUGUCUUUGAGGAUAGCGAGAUCACCUGCCAGGCAGCUGGGAGCUUUAAAGACAUUUGUGACAUUCCACCCCCUUUCCCGAAUCUGCUUCCACAUCGCCCUCCACUUCUGGUGUUUCCUCCCACCCCUGUGACCUGCUCCCCUGCUUCUGAUGAAUCACCUUUAACUCCCCUGGAGGUGAAAAAACUGCCUGUCCUGGAAACCAACCUAAAAUAUCCGGUCCAGUCAGAAGGCUCUAGUCCUUUGUCUCCACAAUAUUCCAAGAACCAAAAAGGAGAGAGUGACAGGCCUGCUUCCCCUGGCUUAAUGACAUUUAAUGGGUCAAACAAAAGUUCUCCACCUUCAACACCACCACCCCCUCCUCUGCCUCCUCCUGUUCCUCCCCCUGCGCCUCCUCCAGCUCCAUAUCGGCCCUCGACCCAUUUUGCAUUUCCUCCGGAGACAUUUUUGGCUAACAUGGGGAAAACAAUGGCAAAUACUGAUUUGUCCAAAGUCCCUCCAAAGCCAAACUCUGCUCCAGUGAGUGGUGCAUGCAGCUCUUUCUCCAAGCUUCCUUAUUCCCCAGUGAAGGCCGUGAGAGCUGACCAUAAGAAGUCCAACUCAAAUUCCUCUUCACCGGUUCCCUACAGCCCUCCAAACUCAAGACCUCUCACCAGCCCUCUUGAUGAGUUAACUAGCCUGUUUAACUCUGGAAGGAGCGUGCUCCGCAAGUCUGCAGCAGGAAGAAAAAUUAGAGAGCCUGAAGGUUUUGAAAUGAACAUGAACUUAACUAGCCGAAAUGAUUCUAGUAUAUCAGAAAAUGCAUCAGAAACUCAAGACAAAAAUGCAAAUAACCAUGGAAUUCAGUUAUCUAACUCCUUAUCUAGUUGUAUGACUACUGAAAAUGGGAAUUCUGUCACAAAUGGUUUACCUGGAGAAGACGGAUACUCACGUCUGUCGGUGAGUGGGACAGCGACUUCUUCAUUCCAGAGACAUCGGGAGAGCCAUGCCACUCAGGUAAUCCAUCAGCUGAGGCUUUCAGAGAAUGAAAGUGUGGCCCUACAGGAACUCCUGGACUGGAGGAGGAAGCUCUGUGAAGAAAGAGAAGACUGGCAGCAAAUCCUGCACCACUCUGAGCCCAGGGCCCCGCCCCCGCCUCCAUGCAAAAAGCCCAGCCUCCUGAAGAAACCAGAAGGGGCCUCCUGCAACAACAGGCUGCCUUCUGAGCUCUGGGACACAACCAUUUGA